AUGCAACUUAUUGUUUCCCAUUUCUCAUUCUCAUUGUUUGUACUCUUUCUCGUUCAAGGAGUUUUGAGUUCUCAGAAGGCAGAAAAAUGUUUCCUCGAUUUUGACAGUGGUCCCGAUGAAGAUUUUACUGUUAAUUAUUGGUUUAAUAAAACUGCCGGGCAAUGUGAAAAUUUCUGGUAUGGAGGAAGUGGUGGCAAUGAGAAUAGAUUUGAAAAAUUAGACGAUUGUAUAAAUAUCUGCGAUUCUGACGAGGAAGAAGUUCCUCCUGAAUUGUUACCUAAAGAGGUAUGUUUACUGAAAUGGGAUUCCGGUCGUUAUGAGAAUUGGUCAUUAAAAUUCGCAUAUAAUCAAGAGAAUGGAAUAUGCGAGGAAUUUUAUUAUGGAGGACGAGGUGGUAACGGAAACAGAUUUCAAACUUAUGAAAACUGUAUAGAUCACUGUGAACCCAUGGACGAAGGUGCGAUUCUCCAACAGCACAGUAAAGAAGAUUGUCUGCUUGAGAUUAAUAAUGGUGAUGGUGCCGAUUGGAAGGAAUAUUAUGGUUUUGAUAAAAAUGAAAAUAAAUGUAUUCCCUUUUUCUAUGGUGGAAACGGCGGAAAUGGAAAUAGAUUUAAUACAGAAAAAGCAUGCAGAUGGUUUUUACGUCUUAUUUGGGAUUUACCUGAAAGCAUUGUAGAUCCCUUAAAAUCAUUUGUGUCAAAGAGACAGAGGAGAAAUCUCGUCUGGGGAGCUUUCGGAACAAGAAAUGGCGAAGCCUGA